GCCUUAUUCCUCUCAUUCCUCUUACUAUCCAUUCCUCAGCCACCAUGGAUGGCAUAAUCACAAACGGCUCCUCGGAGGCGCCUCCUCCCAUGCCUCCUCCAGAGCCUUUUGAACGUCCUCCUUCCCCGCCGCCUCCUCCAGAGGACUCCUCCGCACCUCCGCCGCCUCCAGACACGUCCGCACCUCCGCCACCGCCAGAAGACCUUCCACCUGCUCCGCCGCCCGAACCAGAAUUCAAGAAGAAGAAAGCUGGAUGGGGGGCCCCGAAGCGACCAGCUGCGACGCCGCUGAGUGUUGAGGAAAUGGUGCGCAAGAAACGAGAAGCUGAUGCCGCCGCUGCCAAGCCCAAGUUCUUGUCCAAGAAGGAACGAGAAAGGAUUGCCAUCGAGAAGCGCAACAAAGAAGUCGAAGCCAGUCGCAGAUCGAAAACCGAUCAAACAUCCUCCAACGGACUCGACAGCACAUCCUCCGAAUCGCGCCAGAAUGACAACUCCCGAUCGAUUCCCACCGGUCCUCGAGCCAUGCGCAACUCAUCCGAUGCGCCCAACGCGCCAGCCGCGAUGCGCAACAACAAGAACUCCGAUCUCGCACCUCCUCCCCCUCCCAAAUCGAUGAGUUAUGGUCUCACCAGCGGCGCCGGUAAACACAAUAAGCACAGGCGAAGCGCCGCCGACGACGCCGAGGAGGAACAAUCCGCACAAGCCGCCCUCAUCAAGCAAAGGUACAUGGGUGCCGACCAAACCUCCAACUUCUCCGCGAAGAAGAAACGCAAGCGCACGACGGACCGCAAGUUCAAUUUCGAAUGGAACGCCGAGGAGGACACCAGCGGCGACUACAACCCGCUCUACAAAAACCGGCACGAAGCCAACUUCUUCGGCCGCGGUCGUCUGGCUGGCUUCGGCGACGACGUUGCUGACGCCGUGACCAAGUCCUACGCGCGGGCGCUCGAGGACCGCGACCGCGAAGCAGGCAGCAUUCGCGCGCGCGAAAUCCUGGAGAUGGAGCGCCGUCGUCGCGAAGAAAGCACCCGGAACCAGUUGGACAAGCACUGGUCCGAGAAGAAACUCGAACAUAUGCGCGAGCGUGAUUGGCGUAUCUUCAAGGAAGACUUCAACAUCGCUACCAAGGGUGGCAGCGUGCCGAACCCGAUGCGCUCGUGGGAUGAGUCGGGUCUUCCCUCGCGUCUACUGGAACUUAUCGGCCAGGUUGGCUACAAGGAGCCUACUCCCAUUCAGCGCGCCGCCAUCCCCAUCGCUAUGCUGAAUCGCGACCUGAUCGGUGUGGCCGUCACAGGUUCCGGUAAAACGGCGGCCUUCCUCCUCCCUCUCCUCUGCUACAUUGCGGAGCUUCCUCGGAUCGACGAAUUCGAAUGGCGCAAGAACGACGGACCCUACGCCAUUGUGCUGGCCCCGACCCGUGAAUUGGCGCAACAGAUCGAGAUCGAAGCCAAGAAGUUCACUCAACCGCUCGGGUUCAACGUCGUCAGUAUUGUCGGUGGUCAUUCGUUCGAAGAACAGGCCUACAGUCUCCGUGACGGUGCGGAGAUUAUCAUCGCUACGCCCGGUCGUCUGGUCGAUUGUAUCGAGCGCCGCAUGCUCGUCCUCAGUCAAUGUUGUUACGUGAUUAUGGAUGAAGCCGAUCGAAUGAUCGACUUGGGUUUCGAAGAACCCGUCAACAAGAUUCUAGAUGCCUUACCUGUUACCAACGAGAAGCCCGACACCGAGGAAGCAGAAAACUCCAUUGCAAUGAGCCGCCAUAUCAAUCCGAACCAACAAUCGCAUCUCCAACGCUACCGUCAAACAAUGAUGUACACGGCCACUAUGCCAUCGGCCGUUGAACGUAUUGCUCGAAAAUACCUUCGCCGUCCGGCCAUCGUGACCAUCGGUAGCGCCGGCGAGGCCGUCGACACGGUCGAGCAACGCGUGGAGUUGAUCGCGGGAGAAGACAAGCGCAAGAAGCGCCUGGGCGAGAUCCUGUCGUCCGGCGAUUUUCGGCCGCCGAUCAUUGUGUUCGUCAACAUCAAGCGCAACUGCGAUGCCAUCGCGCGGGAGAUCAAACAGUGGGGCUUUUCUUCUGUCACGUUGCACGGUAGUAAGACGCAGGAACAGCGUGAGGCGGCACUGGCGUCCGUACGCAACGGGUCGACGGAUGUGCUGGUGGCGACUGACCUGGCGGGUAGAGGUAUCGAUGUGCCGGAUGUCAGUCUGGUCAUCAACUUCAACAUGGCGACGAGUAUCGAGAGCUACACGCAUCGUAUCGGUCGUACAGGUCGUGCUGGAAAGAGCGGUGUGGCCAUCACGUUCCUUGGGAACGAGGAUUCUGAUGUUAUGUAUGACCUCAAGCAGAUGCUCAUCAAGUCGCCUAUUUCUCGGGUGCCCGAGGAACUUCGCAAGCACGAGGCGGCCCAGUCCAAGCCGACGCGAGGCAUGCCCAAGAAGAUCGAGGAGAGCACAGGAAAUGCUGGCAAGGGCUGA